CGUUAUUCUAAAUUGUCCUUGAUGGAGCCGACACCGUUUGGGAAAACAACUCCCGAUAUUCCUUUCUUUUGAGAUGGCAUGUAAGAUGAUAAAGUCGGCAGGAUUCCUCCGUUCAUGUAUUCACCGGAAUAGUUCCAAGAAAUCAACAGUACCGCUAACAUGGUGUAGGUGCCUGCACAGACAGCCUCUAGACCCUGUGUGGGAGGAGAGUGCAAAGAAGGAAAUCAAGGGCAAGGAUCCACUGGAAACCUUGACGUGGAGGACACCAGAGGGAAUAAAUAUUAAACCAGUGUAUACAAAAGAUGACACGACCCACAUUGAGAAGGAGAUACCGGGCCAGUACCCCUUUACCCGCGGCCCAUACAGCACCAUGUAUUCAUACCGCCCAUGGACAAUCCGACAGUACGCAGGAUUCAGUACAGUACAUGAGAGUAAUAAAUUCUACAGAGACAAUAUUGCUGCAGGACAACAGGGGCUCAGUGUGGCCUUUGACUUGGCUACACACAGAGGUUACGACUCGGACAACAUCCGUGUCCAGGGAGAUGUGGGGAUGGCCGGAGUGGCUAUAGACUCGGUAGAGGACACCAACAUCCUGUUCAGUGGCAUCCCACUCAACAAAAUCUCCACCUCCAUGACGAUGAACGGGGCGGUACUUCCUGUGAUGGCUAUGUAUGUGGUGUCCGCUGAGGAACAGGGUGUGAAACAAUCAGAGUUAGCAGGAACAAUACAAAACGACAUCCUCAAGGAGUUCAUGGUGAGGAACACCUACAUCUUCCCCCCAGAACCCUCUAUGAAGGUCAUUGGGGACAUUUUCGAGUAUACAUCGAAGAAUAUGCCAAAGUUUAACUCCAUAUCAAUAUCGGGAUAUCACAUGCAAGAGGCUGGUGCUGAUGCUGUGUUAGAGCUGGCGUUUACCCUGGCCGACGGUCUACAGUACAUACAGACAGGGCUAGACAGAGGUCUGGACAUAGACAAGUUUGCACCACGACUGUCGUUCUUCUGGGGGAUCGGAAUGAACUUUUAUAUGGAAAUAGCUAAAAUGAGAGCAGCCAGGAGACUUUGGGCCAAUCUUGUGAAGGAAAAGUUUGAACCCAAAAACCCCAAGUCACUGUUGUUGAGAGCUCACAGUCAGACGUCGGGCUGGUCACUUACAGAACAGGAUCCCUACAAUAACAUCAUGCGUACUGUGAUUGAGGCGAUGGCGGCAGUCUUCGGAGGAACACAGUCAUUACAUUCUAAUUCAUUUGAUGAAGCCCUUGGUCUACCGACACCAUUUAGUGCCCGCAUCGCUCGUAAUACACAGAUCAUACUCCAGGAGGAGUCGGGAAUCCCUAACGUGGCGGACCCGUGGGGAGGCUCCUACAUGAUGGAGAGUCUCACCGAAGACAUGUACAACGCUGCACUCAAGGUCAUCAUGGAGAUUGAGGAGAUGGGUGGUAUGGCGAAGGCCGUGGCCUCUGGGAUGCCCAAACUGAAGAUUGAGGAAUGUGCUGCUAAGCGCCAGGCAAGGAUUGACAGUGAACAGGAAGUGAUUGUAGGGGUCAAUAAACACAGACUGACCACGGAGCAACACGUAGAAGUCCGGUCUAUUGACAACGAACAAGUCCGUACUGAGCAGUUAGAGCGACUUGACAAGGUCAAGGCCAGCCGAGACCAAGCCAAGGUAACAGAAACUCUGGGAGCUAUUGUUAAGGCUUGUGAGAGUGGUGAUGGUAACCUGUUGGGCCUCAGUAUGGAUGCGGCCAGAGCAAGGUGUACAGUCGGGGAAAUCACAGAGGCCAUGACAAAGGUGUUUGGACGCCACGUAGCCUCAGACAGGAUGGUCAGUGGAGCUUACAAAUCAGCUUUUGGAGAGGAUGAUGAAAUUAGCAAAGUGACCAAAAAAGUGGAGAGUUUCUCUGAAAAGGAGGGUCGCCGCCCCCGUAUUCUGGUUGCCAAGGUUGGACAGGAUGGUCAUGAUCGAGGGGGCAAGGUCAUAGCUACAGGGUUUGCUGACCUUGGAUUUGAUGUUGACAUUGGACCCUUGUUCGCUACACCAAAGGAGGCAGCCCAGCAGGCGAUAGACGCCGACGUCCACGUGGUAGGGGUCAGUUCAUUGGCUGCCGGUCACAAGACUCUUAUCCCACAACUCGUUGAUGAACUGAAAAAAAUGGAUCGACCAGAUAUUUUAGUAAUUGCAGGCGGAGUAAUACCUCCGCAGGACUAUGACUUCCUGUACGAGGCCGGUGUCUCUCAAAUAUUUGGUCCAGGAACGAGAAUUCCUGACGCUGCCGAGAAGAUUGUUGAUGAAUUGGAGCAAAGAAUGAAUUGAACAUUUAAGAGUGAAAGAGCGUAUUAUUAUUGUUUGUUUGACUUGCAGACAAUGCAUCAAUCGCGGAUAUUGUGUGUUUGAGAGAAGUUUGAGGUUUGUCUGGUGUUGGUGAGUAUAAGAUAUCUGUCCAGGUGACGGAAGGAGGAGUAGACCCUGCUAUUUUCCUCUAUUUACCACACGAGAUGAGAUUAUACAACUUGCAUUACAUUAAUAUAAUGUUGAGAUGGUGUAAGUACUCUGUAGUAAUACAAACUGUUGACCUACUCAGGUGUGAUAUUUUAUCACAAUAGAAGUAUUUUUAAUAUUUAUGGUGUUUGUUUUUGUACUUGUUUAUUACUGCACAAUACUUCUAGUACAUGUAUAUGUUAUGCUGUCAAAUUAUAUUAUCACACCUUAUUCUUGACGUCAAACCCUUGUGGACCUUUCAGAAGUCAUUACAUGAAAGAGCAAGAAAUACAUUUGUUUGAUUUUGUUAUUCACAACUUGUGUUAAGUCUUACAUGUAACAUGCAAUGUCCCAUAUUUUCAAUGAUACUUCAAAUGAACAGUAGUAUGCUAGUUACUAUUAAGCUGUGUCAUUUAAAAUUUUCCUGCUUUUUAGUUCUCUUUUCAAAUUAUGAUGGUGUAAAGUGAAAUAUAGAAAAUCAUUAUUGUUAACAGUCGAAAUAUUACGUUUGAUAAAUGAAUUAAACUUGAAGUGAUAAAUUGGACAUGGCCUGAACUCGCAAAGACUUACACAUUUACCAGCACGUGAUAUUUUAAUAUACUUUGUAAUAGUAACACUUUGCACAACACCGAAAGACGUUUUGUUCUGUACCGAAAAUGAUAUUUUUGUUGAAAAAGAAGAAUCUAAAGCCGAAUUACAAACCGUGUUCAGAAUUCUGAACAUCAUACAGUGAGAUUGAUAUCAAUUAUUGUCUCAACCACUUAAAGUAGCUGUUAGGGAAGUGGGGGAUGAUUAUUUUCUAACGCUUAAAGCAUACGAACAAAUCGUAAUUAUAUUGGAUAGAAAAUUUAUAUAAGAUUUAUUACAACUGAAACGGUCAGUCUUGCUAAAACGAAAACUGUCAGAUAAGUUUUAUCAAUUUCCUGUCCUUCUCCACACUAACUUAGCCGUUUGGAUGACCUACCCAAACAAAUCAGUCUCCCAUGAUAUGGAACUAAAUUAAAGAUCCAUUUUGUCAAUUUACCAAAACCCUUGGCAAUACUUUAAUAUCGCCAUCUUGAUUUUAAUCUUCUGUGUGACGUCACAGUUCUAUUUUGAAAUAUUUUUGAAAUCUAUGACAUUGUUCCUGUUGCCUUCAGUCAUCCUGACUUAACAACAAACAAUAUUGCAUAAAUAGACAAUUUACUACCUGAAUGCAUUAAAUGGAUAAUGCAUAAGUUUAUAACAUUCUCAUUUAGAACGAUUGUCUCAAGGUAAACGUUUACACAUUUAAAUCGUAAAAAAUGGUCAGAGCAGAAAUUGAUAGUCUAUCACCUCCUUGAUUGAAGAUUCGGAUGUCUAGUAAACGGGAAUAUCAUUGAUGCUUGUUUCCAAUAAUAACAAUACUGAACGCUAUAUUAAUCCUUCCGUCAACAAUGCUUAUCAUCUUGAAAGUGGUAUUUAUUGUCUGUGAUAAUUUCACAUUUCAUGUACAUAAAUGACUGUUUAUGUUAUUGCGACGUUUUAUGCUGGUAUUGUUUGCCGUAUGUUCUCGAACGUCAAUACAAAAUGGGGCGCGAGAGGGAGAUAGAUUUGCGCAGUGAGUGUGUGUAUUUCUGAUACUAUCUUUGAUGACGGUAUCCGAGUUAUCGUGAUGAAUGUAAUUGUUUAUUGAUUUUCGUUGACGUGAUUCUAAAUAAAUCUUGUAAUACAU